ACUUCGGACAUAUUGCUGGGGAAAGGAUGGGGGCGCACGGCGCUGCCAGCAGCAACACGAGGCAGAAACUCAACUGGGACAGCUUUUGGCGCAGUAGAAAUGGUGAUAGGAAACGCUUCACCUGCCAAGUGCCUGUCUGUCGUGCAGCUGUUGAAAUCACAGGGGUGUUUGUCAGGAUUGGGAAGCAAUCCUAAUACCAAAAAUUGUCAACGUUUCAUACCUCGGCCUCAUAAGGCAAAGAUAUGCAUGUGGAAAUAUCUAGAUGUUCACUCCAUGGAUCUCAUCAACAAGGCUGCAACCACUGAUGAACUGAAGAGCCUCCUCUCCAGACUCUUGGAUUUGCAAGAUUUCGAAUCAAACCCACGCUCCACUAUCUUAUUGGAUCUGUACUUCUACACCAUCCAGUUCUGCCGGGAGCAGGGCUUCAACCGGGAACAGACCUCAGCCUUCUUCUCAAUUGUGAAGGAUGUACACGAGGCCUGUGUAGAAACACCACUGCCCAAUGUGGAGGAAUGCUACAGCUACUUCUCUGAACUUGUUUUUUGCCACUCCAUUCGGAGGCCCCCCUUCAGCAUUGAUCUCUUCAAUCAGAACCAGCUGGUGCGCCUAACAGACUACAUGAUCAACACCUACUUCCGCCACUACAAACUUUACAAAUAUGUUUUCACUCCACAGGUGCGAUUGGACAUAUCAUUCACUUACAUUGGGAUGCCUGAACCAGAGUUCAAAUUUGAAGAAGUAGCAGCUGAGGAAUCAGAGGCAGCUUUGUCACCUCUGCAGGAGGAUGUGGACGAGACAGCUAUUGCUGAAGAAAGUCCCACCGCUGUGCUGCGAGAGUACAUUGCAAACCAGCUCACCCAGGAGCUGACCAUGCUGCGCCUUUCAGUAGAUCAGCGCUUGAAGGCAACGGAGGACCAGUUUAAUGCCAAGCUGCUCCAGCUGGAGAAGGGCCCAGGCAAGGGGGGUGCCAAGGGCAAGAAAAAAUAAGCAGGUUGGGAGGCGAGAGAAAUAACUUUAUAGAUUAGAAUGUUGAGAGGUUAUCAGGGCCCACCCAUAAAGUAUCUCAUGCCUCAGAAAUUGUGGAAAUAAUAGUUAAAAGAGGGGUGGUAGACAGACCACACUUUUAAAUGCCUUUUAGAAACCUGUUUUUCAGAAACUUUCUACAGUAUACUGCUUAGGAACUGGAAGGUUCCAUGUGGCUGUGAUGUUAAGACAUUAAAGAGCUUUCCUAAUAAUCA